GGUACACUUCCAGUGUAUUUCUAUUCGCGAUCGCUGCCGCUGCUAACAUUGCUCUAUCCGACUCCGCCCGAUAUUUGCCAUUCGCUCUUUAAGGCUCGUACCGUUUCAACGGUGGUGAAACCUUGAUCUGCAAUUUAAUUUCUAAGCCUUCAAGCAUGAGGUACGUCGGGCUUCUCAUCAUCGUUGUACCUCUACUGCACGUUAGAACACAGGCGCAGAAAUUGGAAACUUUGGCACAAUGGCCGUUACUUGACUUCGCGUUGCCGUACGACCGUGAUUUUCAUGAACAAUAUCAACCGGAAAAUGUGGUAAUGACCGGUAUCGAGGUAGAUUGGGACCGAAUUUUUGUCAGCACUCCCAGAUUGCGUGCAGGUGUGCCGGCCACUUUGAGUUUCUUCCCAAGGAACGUGGCAUUAGGAAGCAGUCCGCAACUUCAGGCAUACCCUUCGUGGGAUUGGCACGGUGCCGGCAAAGGCGAAAUUAACUGCACCAGAUUAAUAUCAGUAUAUAGGACCAGGCUAGAUAGGUGCAACAGAUUGUGGGUUGUUGAUGCUGGUGUCGUAACAUCAGUUGACGAUUUUAUGCCCGUCUGCCCGCCGAAAGUCGUGGUUUUCGAUACGAAAACCGACCAAGUAGUGCGCCAUAUUACUUUCCCGCGUCAGGUUUUACGACCGAAUACUUUACUGACCAAUCUCGUCAUCGAUGAAGUUUCAGCCAAAACAUGCGAUGAUGUCUUUCUUUACAUGACUGAUACCGCUGGCCCAGGAAUUCUCAUUUUCGAUGGUGCUAGGGAUAGAAGUUGGCGAGUCGUUCAUGCGUCGAUGUUUCCUAAUCCGGAUCAUGCAAUGUACAAAAUCGGAAGCGACACCUUCGAGUUCCUGGAUGGUGUGGUAGGCAUAACGUUUUCGCCGAAGCUUGGAACCGUGUAUUAUCAACCUCUGGCAACCGAUAGUAUCUUCAGCGUGCCUACGUCGGCAUUGCAAGCCGGACCGCUACCUUUCGGUGAACAGUUACCUGUGACCUUAGUUGGUAGAAAGUCGAGUCAAGGCCUGCCACUGGCCGUGGAUCCUCGAGAUGAUUCAAUCUUGUUCUCUCCCUUUACUGAGACCGCUAUCGCAUCGUGGCAACCGCAAACAAAUCAACAGAGGAUAAUCGUAUAUAGCCCGGAAGAAUUACAAUUUACCGCCGAGAUCAGAUGGGCGGAACGUGACAAUGGUAAUUUUUGGGUAAUGUCGUCCAGGUUUCAUAAGUUCUUCCUGAGGCAAGUCGACACUCGUCAAAAUAACAUACGCAUCAUGAGAAUCACAAUGAACGGUUACGAUCACGUACUGGCUCCGACACCUCUUAUUCAUCAAUUCAAUCCAUAUUAUACAUUAAAUUACUACAAUAAUACUACAGCGUACUAAACAGAGGGAUGGGGGAAUAAUUCGAUACAAUAAUGUCCAAAUUUUAAACAUGGUAACAGCGUUUGCAGUAGAAAAUGGAGAAUGAAGAUAUUAGUAAAAAGGUCUAUGACGAAAUUUCUGUCUCUAAAAGAAAAUCUUAUAUAAUAAUCACCGUGGUAUAUACGUUAGACGAUUAUUACAACCACAAACUGCAAGUGUUUAAAAUUACUUCUGUCUUUCCGGCUUGCAAAAGUUAACGAUGCUUGUUUUUCCUUUCUGGAAAAUUUUAUCGUGUUUCCUCAUCUUAUUGUGUUUCUCAAAAAUUAGUUGAAGAUAAAGAAUUUUUAUCAAUCGAGAUGUUCUUUUCCUUUUAAAUUUGUAUACAUAACCGAUAAAAAGUCAGAGCAUAUAAUAAUUCCAAGUUUGGGUAACGUUGCCUUUUCUUAUUACUGGAUCUUUUCAUAGAAAUUUUAUAAGAGUUUUGCCAGUUUCCAGUAAUGCCAGUUUCCAGUAAUAUUAUUCACGAGUUAUCUGAUUUUGUCCAGUAACUAGGUUUAAUUCAAUAUUGCCGGGUUUGCAAAUUCCUCUGUACGUAAUAACGACAUUCGCAUUCUCUUGUGCAAUCCGAUAUCUCUCAUCAUCAAUCGUACACAUUCGUAAAAGAUCAUUUUUCAUUAUUUUGUGCGAUAUUGUACAAACAUUGAAAUUUUCAUUUACAUGUUUCUUCAGUAUACAAGCACAUCUUUCUCAUACAAAUUGUUCUCAUUCGAUAUCAAUUUUGUAUGUAUAACAUGUAUGUAUGAUUUACGUACAGACACUUGUAUAUAAGUUCAAAUUGCACAAAGGACUAAGGACGAUAUAAUGAUGAAAAAU